AUGAUAACAAACACAUGUUAUUGUUCUCUCUCUCCUCACCCCAAAAAUACUACCAGUAUAAACGAAGAAGAGGAAGAGGAACAAGAGACCAGUUGUCAUGUCAAGGAAAUAAAUCUACCUGUGAUUCAAAACAGAUUUCAUCAUGGACAUUUCAAUCCUAAAAUCUACUAUGAUCUAAAUAUAUCUGCUGAUCAUUUUAUUGAAUUAAGCCAGAGAGAUAUAGAGAAAUGCAUUGAAAGUGAAAUAAGUCGAAUGAGAGUAACUGUUGAUGGAAAUGAUGAAAGUGUUAAUUGGACAAUAGUGGUCAAUAAACUGCCUACAGAUAUUAAACCAGUUUUAAAGUAUUUUAAAUCAAAUAUACAAAAAGAACAAUGCAUUAAUUUCAAGCUCAUCACUGAUGAAAUAGCAAGACUUACACUAGUAAUCAACACAAAUCCUUCAAACAGAUCAGGAUUCGAUUUAUGUCGUCGAGGUGCACUAUAUAGAAAGAUUGGUAGACUACAAGAAGCAAAACUUGAUCUUGUUAAAUCGAUUGAAUAUGAACCGAACUUAUCAUCUGCUCAUUGGCACAUUCACUUUAUACACUUACUUGAAGGUAAAUUAGAAGAAGCACUGGAGGAUUUGGAUCAAUGCAUGAAAUGCUUAAAAAUUGUGGAAUUAACAAAACAUAUUUUUAAUUUAAAUAACGAUACUACUAUUACAGGUAGUGUUAGUAGCAAGAGAAAAUAUUCAAAAAAAGUUCAACAAUUCUAUGAAAAUAUUCUUCAUUCAAAAGCUUUUAUCUAUUCUCUCAUGAACAAUUGGAAAUUGGAAGCUGAAGUAUGGACAAAUUUAAUACAAUUGAAUCCUACAUAUGAGUUGGCUUAUCUUAAAAGAGCUCAUACUUAUCUUAAGUUGAAAAUGUUUCAACAUUCAAAUACUGAUUUUAUAAAAGUACUUUGUUUAAAUCCGAAAUCAGUUGAAGCUCAGUUUCAGUGCGGUUUAUACAAAUAUUAUAGCAGUAACUGGAGGAGAGCAGUGGAUUAUUUUCAAGAAGUCCUGCUCAAUGAUCCAAGACACUUUCAAGCACAUUAUUAUAUGGCUAGAAGUUUAAUUAAAUUGUAUAAAUAUGAUAUAGCCUUAGCUGAACUAACAGCUUGUCUUUACUUUGAACCAAUGUAUUACAAGGCAUUGUAUACACGUGGAUGUUUGCUAGCUAAUGUUUGUCCAUUGCAAUCACUACGUGAUUUAACUAUGUGUAUAUGUAUUGGUAAUAAGAAAUAUCAGACUAUGGCUUUUAUUCAACGUGGAUUACAGUUUUAUCAAAUGAAAAAAUAUACAAUGGCGAUUCAUGAUUUUCAUGCAGCUCUUCACAAUGGACAUCAACAAUGUUCUGACGUGUAUCGUCUACUUGGAUUAAGCUAUAUCCGGAUGAAACUUUGGACUAGAGCUAUUCAGAUAUUGACAGAAGCAAUGAAAGUACUGGACAAACCUAAUGAUAUUGUAAACAUUUUACUGUGUAGAGCAGAAGCAUACAAUGGGAAGGGUCAACAUGCGAAAGCAAUUAUGGAUGUACAACGUGUGCUACACAUGAAUUCAAGCAAAGGUGAAUACUACUUACUGCUUGGAAGUUAUUUAUUCCUACACUCGGAUGUUCAGUUGGUUCAACGAUGUGUUCAACACUAUUUGAGUAUAUCAGAAAGUCAAAAUUAUAAACAGGCUAAACAAUUGGCAUUAUCCUAUUACUUUCUGGGAAAAUAUACUGAAGCCGAUUUAGUUCUAUCAACCAAUCAAAAUCAGCAUCAACCUGACAUGGAGUAUAUCCUUCUGCAUGCUUUAACUUUAGAUAAACUCCAGCGAACAAAAGAUUCAGUUAGUUUAUUGGAAACUACCUUAAAAAAAUUAUUCAAUAGGCGAAUUUCAGAAAGAGCACAAAUCUAUGAUCACCUUGGCCAGUAUUAUAUGAAGUUGAAAAAGUAUUCAGCAGCUGUCGACUCUUUCACAAGGUCUAUUCAUUUGAAUUCUGAACAACCACAUGUUUACUUGUAUCGUGCUCAAUCAAAUCUCCAUCUCAUAAUCUUACAAAUAAAAGGAAAGUCAAACUCUUCGAAGGAUUUAUCAAACAGCUUUAAUGAUAAUGUGCUGAACGAUAUUAGUCAAGCAUUGGUUCUACUCACUUCAAAAAGCAAAUCAAUCAAUGAAAUAUACUUUUAUGCACCAUUUGAAGCUGUGAAUUUAUUCGACCUGUGUUUACUGACACGAGUAGCUUAUUUCGGUCUGUAUCAAAGCGGUGUAUUUAAAUAUUUAUUGAAAACAUACGAUUUUUCAGAGGCUGAUUUGAAUAUGGCAGUAAAAACAGACAACUAUUGCCCAUUAGCUUAUUAUAACCGUGGAUUAUGUCGUCAAACUCAAGGAAACUGGAAUGAAGCUAUAGAAGACUAUGGACUCUCUAUCAAGUAUGGUGCAUCACAUGGCUGUAUCCGUCUUCAGAGUCUAAUUAAUCGGUCACUUUUGUACUUAGAGAAGUUUCAGAAUUAUGAAGCAGCAAUAGUUGAUUUGUGUAACGCAAAAACUAUAUUAGAGAAUAUGAUGGAAAAACCACAGGCGAAAGACAAUGACAUUUUAUCGCGAAGGAGUUGUACUCAUAUUGGUAAUAAGACCACUUAUAAUGCAAGCCUUCGUAUUAAAAUUAUGCAUACAAUUGGUAUUUGUCAUCAAAAACUGGAACAGUAUGUUGAAGCAGAACAAAUAUUUCGUCAUUUAACGCUAUCAGAACCUGGAUUCCUUCAAGGACAUAUUGGACGAGCUAACUGUUUAAUGGAUUAUGGUGGUUAUAUGAUAAAAAAUAACUUGGAUGAUUCGAAAUCAUUAUGGGAAGAAGCAUUGGUUGUAUAUGAAUUUGCUAACAAAUUGGAUGAAUUGAAUUUAGAAGCGAGUAUAGGAUUAUCUAUGUGUUUGCAGGUUCUAGGACGUUUAAAUGAUGCAUUAAAACAAAUUACACACAGUUUAGAUAUUUAUUAUAACAAGCAGCAAUCUGAUGGUGAUGAAAUAAUCAACAGGGGACAAAAUUCAUCAGAGUGUAGCAAUAUACUGUUGGCUAAUGCACACGAUUGUCGUGCAAUCAUUUACCUACAACUAGGUCGACCACAACGUGCUAUUGAUGAUCUUACUGUUUCAAUUCGCUUAAAUCGAUAUUCUACUAAGUAUUUAAUCAAUCGUGGUGUAGCUUAUCUGAUUAAUAGUCAAUCUAUGCCAGCAAUGAUAGAUUUCAGAAAGGCGAUUCAAAUUGAUCCUGAAAACAGUCUAGCCAAUUAUCAUCGUGCACUUAUCUACCUACAUCAUAGUCAGUUUGAACAGGCUGAAAAUGCAGUGAAUAUUGCAUUACAAGAACAAUGUCUACCAUUCAAUUGUUAUCAAUUAGAUCCAAUGAGCUUAGAUCCCAGUGUAUGGUUACUACGUGCUAUAAUUCGUUUGUUGAAAUACAAAUCAAAUGAUGCGCGUAAUAAGAUAUUACAAGAGGCUUUGCAUGAUGUUUGUAAAGCAGAAGAAUUGAUUUCACCUGGAAUGCAUCAUUGCAUAACUCAAUGGCCUCAUUUGCACUAUACUAAAGGUCGAAUAUUAUAUGAAUUGAAUCGUUAUAAGGAUGCAGAAGAAGAGUAUACAAAAGCACUCAGUUUGCUACCGUACAAUCAAUUCAUCUAUGAAGCACGUUGUAAAUGUCGUCAGCAAAUGUAUCGCGUUGGUUUAAUUCACUCUUAUCAGGAGGCGUUGACCGACUACCGGUUAUCACUUUUAGCCAGUACUUUGAUAAGUCAGUAA